AUGAAGUGGCACCCCGACAAAAACCCUAACAACAAGAAAGAAGCUGAGGCCAAAUUCAAACAAAUCUCAGAGGCCUAUGACGUGUUGAGUGAUCCACAGAAGAGGGCUGUUUUCGAUCAGUUCGGGGAGGAAGGUCUCAAGGGGCAGGUUCCACCUCCCGGAGCCGGCGGUUUUUCCGGCGGAAGGGACGGAGGCGCCAGUUUCCGAUUCAAUCCACGCAGCGCGGACGAUAUAUUCUCGGAGUUUUUCGGGUUCUCGAGCCCGUUUGGCGAUAUGGGGAACAUGGCCGGCGGGUCGAGGGCGGGCUCGUCUGGGUUUUCGAGGAGUAUGUUUGGGGAUGAUUUAUUCGCCUCGUUUAGGAAUGCUGCCGGCGGGGGAGAAGGCGGCCCGAGCAUUCCAAGGAAGGCUCCUGCAAUUGAACGCAUGUUGCCUUGUAGUUUGGAAGAUCUGUACAAGGGGACUUCGAAAAAGAUGAAGAUUUCGCGAGAAAUUGCUGAUGCCAAUGGGAGACCCUCAACCACGGAGGAAAUCCUCACAAUCAACAUCAAACCCGGGUGGAAAAAGGGGACAAAAAUAACUUUUCCUGAAAAAGGGAACGAACAACGCGGCAUAAUACCCUCCGACCUCGUUUUCAUCAUCGACGAGAAGCCGCACAGUGUGUUCAAAAGGGAUGGCAAUGAUUUAAUAAUCACCCAAAAGAUCUCAUUGGUCGAGGCCUUGACCGGCUACACCGCACAAAUAACCACACUCGACGGGCGGAAUUUAACGGUACCUAUUAACACCAUCGUCAGUCCCAAUUAUGAAGAAGUCGUUAAAGGUGAGGGCAUGCCGAUUCCAAAAGAGCAGGGCAAAAAGGGGAAUUUGCGUAUGAAGUUCAAUAUAAAGUUCCCUAGCAGGCUUACCUCAGAACAGAAAACGGGCAUUAAACGGUUAUUAACAUCUUCACAGUAA